AUGAAUGUGAGCAGAGACAAGGUCGGUGACAUCUCCAUCCCGGCAGCGGCAGCCGCGGCGGUGACAGCCCCCGCUGCCGGCAUCGGCGGGGAGCCCCGCGGCUGCCACGGGGAAGGGAUGGACAGCCGCGGGGAGCAGCGGCUCUCGGCCGGCGGCGAGCUGCCGCUCUACUGCCCUGCCAGCCGGGACAGGCAAGGGGACAGCCAGAGCAACACCCCCGGACAAGAGGGGGCAGUGGCCGCGCUGCCCAUGGUGCACAGAACCACCUCCUUCUCCGUGCUCGACAUCCUGGACCCUAACAAGUUCAACAGCAAGCGGCGGCAGUGCGCGGGCUUGUACAAAUCGGCGGGGACCGAGUUCACUCUAGGGGCGGAGGAUAAGCCCGAGGACUCAGGGACGGAGCUGGCCGAGCAAAAGGCUCUCGCCGAAGAUUUCGACGCGUGCAAGAAGUCGGCAGAGCUGAUCAAGCUGCAGUUCCCAACCCCAUCACCACCGCUUUUCCCCAGCUCCUCGCCCUGUCCCCAGCGCACUCCUGGCUCAGGGCGGCCGGGGCAGCCCUGCACCCGAGGGGCUCGGCCCGGCCUCAUCCCCACGGCGGGCGGAGGGGCCGGGGGGACCGGGAGGGACCGGGAGGGCCGGGAGGGGUGGCCCCGCUGCCCGGGCAGCCCUGUCCCAGAAGCAGCGGGGACACCGGGUGGGCGAACUCCCGGGACGGACGGGUUUCCCCGGCUGCCCUCGCCCCGGGGGCCGCACCGGCGGGGCUGGGGGAGGGCGGGCAGGGGGCCGGGCCGGGCGGCGAGCCCUAACAGCGGCUGUCGCUUGUCCGCAGAGGACGGGGAGCUCUACAAGGCCGAGGAGUGCGACCUGGACUACAGCAGCCGGCCGAGCCGCAGCCCGGACAGCGAGCCUCCGGACGACGAGGAGCUGUGCAGCGAGGAGAGCGGCAGCACCAGCGGCAGCUCCGGCCCCGCGGCGCCCGGAGAGCCCGAGCCGGGCCCGCUCCGAGCCCAGGCGGGCGAAGCGGGGGGCGGGGGCGGCGGCGGCGGGGCGGGGGCCGGGCUGGGCGGCGCGGCACUGCCGGGGGGGCUCAGCCCCCUCAGCCACUCGCCGCCCAUGGGCACCCCGCUCUCCAUGCACGGCCCCGGCAGCUACGCCGGGCACCCGGCCGGAGGGCUGGUCUGCGCCGCCCAGCUGCCCUUCCUGCCCAGCCCCGCCGUCCUCUCGCCCUUCGUCCUGGGCUCCCAGACUUACGGCGCUCCGGCUUUCUACACCCCGCACCUAUAA